GAACAAAAGGGAACGCGGGAGUUUGUCGUCAUUCUCUCAGUUUUAGCCUGAUCUUUCUUAAAAAGUGUAUUUUAGAUGUGGAAUAUGAAGAUCAUGUUCGUUAUCGGAAUUGGAUCUUAAAUUGCCAUCGUGCGGUAAACGUCUUCGAUAAAUAUGGUGGAUAACUCCAAAUGAAAGGGCUGUUUCUAACCUAUAAUUUUGGUAGAGCCUUUGUUUUCGACGUUUUCCAAAUUUUGGAUUCUCGGUUUUUGACGUAAUUUGACGAUAUCAAGUGAAGUGAAUUGAGAAAUAGACAUGGCCAAUGAAAGGGAGAGGAAGAAAAGGAAAACUGAGCAGCCUGAAGAUCCUCAUCAAGCCAAAAGGCAACGAGAACAAGAUGUCGAUCCAACAUUUCAGCGGGAACAAACGGUCGGGAAAGUUAAGCGCGUUUUCAUGCGCAACUUUAUGUGCCACGAUGCACUGGAAGUUAAUUUAAAUCCAAAUGUUAAUUUCAUUGUUGGGCGUAAUGGAAGUGGGAAAAGUGCUAUUUUGACUGCUUUAACUGUUGGUCUCGGAAGCAAAGCAAAAGUCACCGACAGAGGAAAAUCUUUAAAAGAUUUUAUCAAGCAAGGAAGGAACACUGCGUCAGUUGAUAUAACUUUAACAAAUGCGGGAACUGGUUCCUAUAAACACGAUAUUUACGGCGAUGCGAUUACAGUUUGUCGUACUGUUGGUGCAUCUUCUUCAUACAAAAUUAAAAACUGGAGAGGCGACGUUGUAUCAACAAAAAGAGAAGAACUCGAGAAAAUCAUAAACGCGAUGAAUAUCCAGGUUGAAAAUCCCAUUUCAGUGUUGAAUCAGGACGUAUCCAGGUCAUUUUUGGUGACUGCUUCACCAGCUGAUAAGUACAAUUUAUUUAUGAAGGCCACCCGACUCGAUUUGAUUGGCGCAAACUACAAAGAGGCUCAUUCAUGCAACGAAGAUUCCAGGCGUCGUUUAAGAGCCACCGAAGAGUGCCUUGCAGAAACCGAGGCAGAAAUGAAACACCUGGAGCAGAAUCUGCAGAUGCUGGAAAAAGUGGAUGAAGCGCGUGAGCAGUACAGCAACUUGCAAAUUGAAUUGCAAUGGUCGGUUGCAAUUGGCGAGGAGAAAUCGCUUAAUAGCGUAAAGCAGCAGAUGGCUGAAUGCGAGAAAGAAGUGGAAAAAAUCCUUGCAGUCGAUGAAGAGAGAGAGGAGAAAUUAAUUAAGAUAAAUAACAAAAUUGAGGAACUGAACGGUAAGAUCCAGGAGGCGAAGGAUGAAGCCACCAUUACUGCUGAGGCAUACAAAAUCGCAAAAACUGCUGUGCUGCAUGGAAAAGAGGCUCAAUCUGCGAAAAUAAAAGAGUGGCGGUCAGCGCAAGCUAUAGUCAAUCGAACCGAAUCCGAUAUCGGCCUUCUUCGAACAGAAAUUGAAAAAUUAGAAGCUGGAAGCAGCAAGUAUGAGGCCGAGAAGCAAGAGGCGCGGGAAAAGUUGGCCAAGUUGGAGCAAAAUUUGGAUGAGGUUCAGGCUACUUUGCGAACGAAACAAACUGAUCAGAUGCAUACUGAGAACGACAGAGCACGCCUUCAACAGCAAGAGCAAGCCUUGAGAAUUCAGGUUGAAUCUUCUGCUACGAGAAUAAGGCAAAUUACACAGAAUUUGUCGGCAAUUAAGAGACAGUCGAACAAUGCGAUGACGGUUUACAGUCCCAAUAUGCCGCGGCUCCUCAAGAGAAUUGAUGAGGAAUUUCGAAAAGGAAGAUUUAGGGAAAAACCACUGGGUCCAAUCGGCUCGUUUAUUAAAUUAAACGAUUCAGAUUGGAUUCCAGCAGUGGAAAACUUCCUGUCGCCUGCUUUGCUCAAUGGAUUUUGUGUCGACAACACUCAAGACGCGAAGAAGCUGGGAAUGAUCAUGAGAGAAGUUUUCCGCGAUGAAAGAUGCCCACAGAUAACCUCGAGUAAAUUUCACGACCGAGUCCACAAUGUUGAGCAACAUUGCGCUCGCUCAUCCGAUUACUUGAACCUUUUGGAUGCGAUGGAAAUCUCGCAUCCGGUGAUUGCGAAUUGCUUGAUCGAUCAGCGAGAAAUCGAGUGCGUGAUGCUGAUUCCAACUAGCGAAGAAGCUUGUGCGGUCAUGUCAAAUGCGCAAUAUGUACCGAAAAAUUGCAAGAAAGCUUUCACCCAACAGGGAGAUCUCUUCUUCCCGGAUCCAAAUUACAAAACUUACGGUGGAAGACGGGGCAUGCGAGCGAAAUUCCUCCAGGUUUCGACCACCCAAGCGAUCCAGCUUUUGGAAGAAGAUAAGGAGACUGCUGAGAAGGAGCAGGAGAGAAUCGUGACCGAGUUUAAUGAGAUUACGAAGAAGAUCAGAAAAUCGAAUAUUGAUUUGCAACAAUUGAACGAGACUGUUGCCAAACUGCGGACCAUGGAAGGGAGACUGAAGAGCACCAUGGCUGCUUUGAGGGAUAAGCUGGAGGUGGAAAACACCAACUCGAUAGAAGUUUACACAGAAGAGAUGGAUCGUCAUCAAACAAAACUUCAAAAAGUGAAAGCCGAAGAAGAUCGGCUGAAGAAGGAAAUCGCCGAAAUGCAGACCAAUGUCGCACAAUUGGAUAAAGAAGCUAAACGCUGUCGGGAUUUGAUUAAUGAACUGGACUUUAGGCUCAAUCCGAUCAAGGACAAAAUAACUCAAUUAAAUGACCAACGAACUUCAUUGCGUUCAAAUUGCCAGAAUGGAACGAAAAAACUGCAGAUUGCUAAGCAAAAUGUUCUUAAAUGCACUGCAGAUUUGGAGAAACAACAGCGAGUUGUUGAUGCAGCUGUAAGAAAGGCUUUAGAACAUGGUGAAAGGGUCGACACGCCCAGAACUGCGAGAGAAAUCACGCGUACAGCAGACGAGAUUAAAGCUCAGAUUGAAAUGAUUGAGAAUGAAUACGGCUCUAAAGAUGACUUGAAUCAAGAGCUCGUGGAAAAACGCAACAAGUAUGGUCAGGUCAUCUAUUUUGCAACCGAGCUGAGAAAGUCUUGCGAGAAACAUCAAACGCGACUUGUGAAACGCAGACAACUCUACAGAGAAAUGAAGAGGCAGAUUGGUCAAAAAGUUCAAGAAGCUUUUAAAAAUGUCUUAUCGCUGCGAAAGUACAAGGGAUCUAUAAAAAUAGAUCAUAAAGAAAAAACGCUUGAGCUAGAAGUAAAUCCUCAAAAUGAUGCGAAAAGGCCCACGAAUGAUGCGAAAUCAUUGUCUGGCGGAGAAAGGUCCUAUUCGACAGUUGCAUUUAUUUUGGCUCUCUGGGACUGUACGGGACUUCCAUUCUACUUUCUUGAUGAGUUUGACGUUUUCAUGGACAAAAUCAACAGACGAGUUAUUAUGGACAUUUUGCUGGAUCAUACAAGGUCUCAUCCUCAAAGUCAAUUUGCGUUUUUGACUCCAUUGGACACCUCCAGCAUUCAAGUUGAUGAUUAUAUAACAAUUCACAGACUGGCAGCGCCCGAAAGGUCGCAAAACGCGGAAUAGACAUUCCACAACCAAGCAAAUUUCAAAGUCGCGGCUUUUUUUUUUUUUUUUUGGUUUAUUUUCAAAAAUUCGAUUAGUUUUUACGUAUUUGUUCUUAUUUAAGUAUAUCCAUUGCUUUGAGUUUUUAUCAUUACGACGCAUUGAGGAGAGAAGAAGUGUUCCUUGUGCCGAACGUGAGUGUGUCCGAAGAUAAGUUAUUGGUUUGUGUUCCUAUAAUAUAAAAAGUUUAUUAUCUCUAAUUAUUCUGUUUCAAGUGCUCUGUUACGAUAUGUUAAAAAAGGAAACGGAAACUGAAACUGAAAAACUACUGAAUUAAAGUAGCGAUUGAUUUGAUACUGAUGAUAUUACGACGCCACAAGUUUAAUUUUUUUUAUUUUUAUUUUUUUUUUUUUUGUGGUAAAUAUUUGUGUACAGUCGAGAAUAAUGAUUUUAGUGAAGAUUUCCGAAUGGCAUUAGAUGGUCUGUAAGGGUCUUUAUAUAGUCAGUUUGUUAAGAAGGUAAGGAAGGUGGGAAGGAAGGAAGGAAGGAAGGAUGUUCAUUCCUUGCGCGAGAAAACCAGUGCCUUCAGUAUUAUGCGUUAGGUUUAGGAGGAAAUUCGUACAAUGUUCUGGUACAAACUUUGAGAAGAUAUUAUACAUUUUUAUCUUCAA